AAUAUUAUUAAUAUUUAUGGUAUAUCUCAAGAACCAAAUACAAAUAAUUAUAUUAUAGUUCUUGAUUAUGCAGAAGGUGGAAAAUUUGAUAAAUGGAUGAAUAAAAACUAUAAAAAUUUUUACUGGUUAUGUAAACUAAAUGUAUUACUUAAUAUUAUUAAUAGUCUUAAAGAAAUUCAUCAAAAAGGAAUGGUUCAUUGUGAUUUUCAUACAGGAAAUAUAUUAUUUUUAAAGGAUAAUAUAUGCGAUCUUGGUAAUGAUAUAUUAAUUUCAGAUAUGGGUUUAUGUGGAAAAGUUAGUAAUAUAAAUAAUACAAAUGAAAUAAAAAUUUAUGGAGUUAUACCUUAUAUUGCUCCAGAAGUACUAAGAGGAAAACCAUAUAGUCAAGCAGCAGAUAUAUAUAGUUUUGGCAUGAUUAUGUAUUUUACAGCAACAGAAAAACAACCUUUUUCUAAUCGUGCUCAUGAUGAAUUUUUAGUAUUAGAUAUAUGCAAUGAAAUUAGACCUGAAAUAAAUGAACCAGAAGCUCCAAAAUGUUAUAUUAACUUAAUGAAAAAAUGUUGGGAUUCUAAUUCAAAUAAUAGGCCAAAUGCUAUUGAAAUAGAAAAGGAAAUUAGUUCAUUUUAUACUUCAUGUAAUUCAAUAUUGGGACAACGUAAUUAUUUUAAAGUAGCAGAAGAAUAUAGAAAAUUUUUUAAGAGGAAUAAACAAAUUACUCAUCCACAAGCUAUUUAUACAUCAUCUUUAUUGCUUAAUCCUUUUACUAUAAAAAAUAUUAGUGACUAUUUAGACUGUGCAAUUCCUGAUUAA